AUGGUGGGCGUCGCGGGUCUGGACAACCAUGUACCGCCGUUGCCGGACCAGAUGUUCGAAAUGUCUGUCUUGAAUAUGCCUCUGGAAGAGCUGACCACACCAAGGUCAAAAUCGCCUGGUGACGCGUGCGAGAAGUCUCCUGACGCGCGGCUCGAAGUGCGAAGUCGCCAGCGCGACAGCGACGUGAGCACUGCGGACACGACAGGGUCGCGUCGGCCGAGCGUCUCGAGCAUCCCUGACAUUGCGGAAGUGCCAUCGCCGCCUUCCGAGGUGGAGGAUGACACCACGCCUUGCAGCAAUCUUUCGCAGUGCAGCCCGGAGAUGAUGAGCACGUCAAAAUGCCCAUCAGAUAGCGCAGCGACCUUUGAUGAUGAGUGCGAGAAGUCUCCUAUCGCGCGGCUCGAAGUGCGAAGUCGGCUCAGUGGCCAGAGUGGCGUCAGCACUGCGGACACGACCGGUGCGGAAGUGUCAUCGCCGCGUUCCGAGGUGGAGGAUGACACCACGCCUUGCAGCAAUCUGUCGCAGUGCAGCCCGGAGAUGAUGAGCACGCACACCUUCGCUCCCUCCAGCUUGGCGCCUGGUGCCAAUGCGCGCCAGUGCUCGCAGGUGGAGUGGCAGCUGUGGUGGCAAUCGCUUGCGUAUGAGGGCGCGUGCCAGAAGCACCUGGAGCAGCAGCAAUGGCUGCAGCAAGUCGAGGCCCAAAACAACGAGUUGACGGUGCUGGUUGCAGCCCUCCGUGCUGAGAAGCGCGUGCUGGAGCAGCGGCUUUGCCGCUGUGAUGACGAGUUGUUUGAGGCCAAGGAGUGCUUGAUGGCUGAGUUCAUACAGCACCGCGCUCUCCAAAAAGAGUUGGAACGGGAGCGCGAGAUCUGCAGCGGCGCUCGCUGCAGUAUUGAGAAGCUGCAAAGCAUGUACGAAGACGCAUGCCAGCAACGGGACCAAGAAACGAUGCAAGUGGAGCUGUGUCGGCAACAGCUGCAACGCGCCGAGACCAGAAACGACGAGUUGACGGCGCUGGUCUCAGCCCUGGAGGCUGAGUUCAGCGAGGCUGCCCUGUCUCAGGAGGAAUCUCCUCAAGAGUCAGCGAGCAUCGCUGCGGGACCAGAAAAGUGUCGAUCGCCGCAGAAUGCACAGUCUGCGAAAGAUGAGUCUCGGGAGAUGAUGGCUUCUGGGACCCUGGAUAUGGAUGCUGAGAUUCUGGACCCGUCAGACCCCUCAUGCCUCGCGUUGCCCUCUUUGCUUGACGGGUCUCGGACGCAGAUGGCUGGCAAGGCCAUGGAUGUCAACCCGAUAGACCCAGCAUGCCUCGUGUUGCCGUGUCUGUUGCAGCACCUUUCCGUGUCUGAUAUCUUGAGCUGGCGCCAGACAUCUCGGCAGACCAGGUGUCCCAGUGUCUUGAUACUGCACGUGACCGAGAUGGGCAGGAUGGACAGGUCCGAUGAAGUCAUCGACUUCUCCGAAAAGUUCCAAGCGAGAACCAGUGGUACCUCCCUUGCUGAAAUCUGUCAAGACGAUGUCGAGCAGCAGAAGUCCUUUGAGUGUCGGUUUUGGUGUAUGAGGCUGGCGACCACAGGAGCAACCCAUUUCGCCGAAAGUGAUGCCCGCAACAUCGUCGUCACAAACCUUCAAAGCCUGUUUGGGCACUGCUUCAACGUGGAAGAACGGCUGCUGAAGAGGUGCGCUCACCACGUUGUUGCCAACUAUGGGGUCGCUUGCCUGCCUUUCGUGCGGCAGCUGAUUGCGGAAGCCAUGCUGGGCCGAAUGGGGGAUGUACUGCUGGAGACGUCUCAAGUCAGCCGAGAGGCCGCGAUUGAGGCACUACAUUGCACGCAGCAUCUUGAAAAUGUUGUGCGCUCACUCACGCGGCCUCAGCGUCAGAAGUGGGUGUCCCUGCUGGUCAGAGUCCUGCAUACUCAGCUGUUGCCAGAAAGAGUGGUUGGUGACCUUAAGCUCCUUUGGCGAGCUGAUGACGAUCCCAGCCGAACCUACGCAGAAGCAGAGACGGAGCUGCGGGCUAUGUUGCGGUGGGUCAGCAGAGACCUCCGUCGCAAUCUGCUGGAUCUCCUCUGUUGCUGCUGA